GGAAAAAGAGAAGCAAGGAAAGUUACUACACUCCCUCGCCCUCCCACCCACUCAACACACAGUAGAAUGGCGAAUCUCUCCAGCCUGGUGCACGAGCUCCGAGAACGCAUUGCGGCAUCAUCAUCUACUCCUCCCAACAACCAAAACGACGAGGCUUUGGAGUCCCGAUUCCGCGCCGUCCUUCCCAAUCUCCUCCACGCCUACGUUGUCCCUUCCUCAUCUCCGCGCGAGCGAGAGGUGAUUGCAAUACUCAAGUUAUUAUCACAGACUGCAAAGAAUUUUCCUGGAGUUUUCUAUCAUGGAAAGGCGAGUGCUGUUCUGCCUGUUAUCGGUCGUAUUUUGCCCUUCUUUGCUGAACCCGCAUUUCGCUCUCGACAAGGCACUAUUUUAGAGACUGUUGGAUCUCUGCUGUCCCUACUCCGCACAGGUGAUCAAGAUGCCUACCGCGAAUUUUUCGUGGAUGUUAUGUUGUUAUUUGAAGAUCUUGUUUAUGUUGCCUCAUUCUAUGACGAGAGAAGAUCAAUGGAGCCAAAGAGACUGUGGUUGAAGUCUUUCUGUGAAUCUUUUGCAAGAAUUAGCAAUGGCCCUGCCCUUCUUGGUGACCUUCCAAUAUGCAACAGGCCUGCUAGCGGAGAGGGAAUUUUAAUUGAUCUUACAGAAACAGAUAGGUUUCUGGCUUUUGCCGCAUCAGCAAUCAAGCUUCUGAGUAAAUGCUUAACUGAAGGUACUUUGUAUGUUGAAGGGCUUUUGGAUGCAUCAUGUGUUUUGGCUGUUUGCAAUCUUUUGUGCUAUGGAGAUGAUAAUCUGCACAUGGCAUGUUUUGACUUUGCACGCCUCGUUGGAGCAGGGAAAAACUUUGAGAUUCUUCCAAUUGAAAAACUAAUACGGUCAGUAACAAUCAUACUAAGCGAGGAUGUUGAGGGAGUUUCAGUAUACAGGAGUGCAGUUUAUGAUUCUUCUCUGGGAGGAUGUCUCCAGUCAUUGCUUUCUGUUUGUCCUGAUAAUGUCGUUAGGUUGACGGCAACUGACAUAAUGCACAUCUUUCCUAAAUCGAUGCUGAAGACGAGGAGCUUUGACCUCAAGGCUGGUCUGUGCAGUGCCUAUGUUCGAAUUGCAAAAACUUGCCCUCCUUACUCCUGGAGGCCAGAAUGUCUCAUUUGUAUGCUUCUUUCAUCAGAGUCCGAUUUUCAUUUAAUAGACUGCUUCAAAGUUGCUGUUUCAAGGCUUGGUCCUAAUUUUGUUGGGAGGAUAAUGACUCCUGAUAAUCACACUGGUUUCUCGGAGUCGAGAGAAGAUAGUGAGCACGAAUGCUCAAAAGUUGGUAAUGAGCAUGAGGGCUCAAAAGUUGGAAGAAAAAGACCCAUUCAGGAUAUAGAAACUUUGGGAAUGAAGCGCCAAAAGAUGGAUAAUUUUUCUAGCACUACAUACCAGGAUGUAUGCAAUUUUAUUUAUAGUUUUACUGGAGUGCAGGAAAAAGAAUAUGCUGAUUUUAUGUGUACCUCGUUAAAUCUACUACUUGAAUUUCUAAAACCUCCUGGUGAUAAUUCUGAUUCAUUAAGGGAAGAAGUUGCCCUGACAGCUAUAAGCACACUCUGUAUUGUUUUUUCUGAACUCCCACAUUCUGACCUUUCCCUUUGCAUUUUCCGGCGAAUGUGCAAGUGGAUUUCUUGGAUGUUUGAGCAGGCAAAGCAAGGUCUUCGAUUUCCUCUUGAUGUUUCCAUCUUCCUAGAAGCAGUUGACAGCCUACUACUUUUUCAAGGAUCCCUACCUAAAGAGAAUAGGCUCAUGAUCUUCGAAACUACUAGUGACAUUGGAGCUCUCUUACGUCCAGUGCUUAAGGUUCCAUGGAUCUGUGGUGCUUCAAUUAUAGAAUCCCAUCCUCCCUGGAAAGCAAAGUAUCUGUCUAUUCGCAUUCUGUCCAGAAUUGGGUGUAUAGCACAGCACGGCUUGGAUCUUGAUAUUCUGGAUCUGGGACUUAAUGAUGAAGAAGAAGAAGUUAGAAUUCAAGCUGUCAUCUCUAUGCCAGUGAUUGUCCUAGUCUCUGGUUUUGGAUCUCUGAUGCAUAUGUUCAACAGGCUGGAGGCUCUUAAGAAAGAAACGAGGGAGCAAGUCAAGAAAUUUAUUCCCCUCUGUCUUGGUCAUCUGGCAUGCCUAUACGGAUGUUGUAAUGGUGGGGCUGCACUUCUGGAAACCAACUGCAAAUUAUACUUGAAGAAGGACAAGGAGAAAGAACAGUUAAUUAUGGAUUAUCUGUUGUCAGGAUUUUGGUGUUCAAGGUGCGACAGCACUACUGCAGUUAACAAUGGGUCAUGUUCAACGGUUCUUUGCCCUAGCAUGCAGGAAACAGAUUUUCUUUCAAGUUGUGACUAUACCUAUUUGCAGUCUCUCUUUUUUGAGCUGCUUUAUGAUGAUUCAUCAGAAGUUGUCCAAGUUGCCUGUGUAAGAAUGAUUGGGCGGAUCCUUUGGCAUGGGACUCAAUAUAGUUUGCUUAAGACAAGUUCUCAAUGGAUACAAUGUAUUGAUUUUCUAAUCCUGCACCGAAACAAAAAUUUGAGACAAGCAUUUGGCUCACAGAUUAGUUUCUUCCUCCACGAGCCCAUCUUGGAGUGUUUAUUUUCACUCAAGGAUGCUGCAAACAAAUCUAAAGAACAGAGGUUCAUGGACAAAUUAAAACAUGCUUUAGCAGCAGCUGAAGAUCCUUUGGUUUUUGAAACCCUUCUAGAAACUGCAGCGACAAUUAUGGAAGCUGUUGAUAUUCACAGCCAACUAUUUUUAUUCUCCCUUAUUUUAGUGAUUGGUCAGCUUGACAAUUCUUAUGUUACAGUGAGGUUUAUUGCCUCAAAAUUGAUAAAUAGAUCUUGCUACUAUCAUCAUGCAGGGGGACUUGAAGCACUCCUUUCAAAAGUUCCACAUAUCCGAAAUGAGUUGUAUAAUUAUCUAUGCAUGAGGCUUGUCAAUCAGCCAAAAAUGGUUGAAGAAUUUUCCGCAGCUGUACUUGGUAUUGAAACUGAAGAACUUGUAAAGAGGAUGAUUCCUGUUGUUCUUCCAAAACUUGUGGUCCUCCAAAAUGAUAGUGAUCAAGCACUGGCAACUUUGUAUGAGUUGGCCAAGUGUUUGAACACAGACAUGGUGCAACUCAUUGUUAAUUGGCUGCCGAAAGUUCUUUCCUUUGCUCUUCAUCAAGCUGACGAGCAGGAGUUAAAAUCUGCUUUGCAGUUCUACCACGAACAUACUGGAUCUGACAAUCAAGAAAUAUUUGCCGCUGCUUUACCUGCACUUUUAGAUGAACUUAUAUGCUUUAGCGAUGUAGAUGAUUCGGAGGAAAUAAGUAAGAGGUUAGCCAGGGUACCUCGUAUGAUAGAAGAAGUUGCAAGAAUCCUAACUGGCAGUGAAGAUCUUCCGGGAUUUUUGAGGAACCACGUGGUUGGUUUGCUGAACAGCAUUGAUAGGAAAAUGCUUCACGCAGAGGAUACAUCAUUGCAAAAACAAGCUGUUAGACGGAUAGAGAUGCUGAUUAAAUUGAUGGGUCCCCAUCUUAGCACAUACGUACCAAAAAUUAUGGUUCUUCUCAUGCAUGCUAUCAAUAAGGCAUGGCUUCAGGGUGAGGGUCUUUCCGUAUUGCAUUUGUUCUUAAAGCAAUUAGCUAUUGUAUCACCAUCUAGCACUAAACAUGUGAUUUCUCAAGUUUUUGCUGCUCUUGUCCCUUUCUUGGAGAGAGAGACUGGAAAUUCAUCUCCCCAUAUGAAUAAAAUUGUAGAGAUAUUAGAAGAACUUGUGGUUCAGAACAAGGUUAUAUUAAAGCAGCACAUCCGUGAGUUCCCUACUGUACCAAAUGUUCAUGCCUUGGUAGAAGUGAAUAAAGUGAUUCAAGAGGUCCGUGGAUCGAUGACCCUCAAAGAUCAAUUACAUGAUAUUGUGGAUGGAUUAAAUCAUGAAAAUUUGAAUGUAAGAUACAUGGUAGCAUCUGAGCUAAGCAAGUUGUUGAACCAGAGAACGGAGGAUUUCAUGGCUUUGUUCACUAUGGAAGGGGAUUCUGUUAUGGAUAUAAUUAGUUCAUUGAUAACAUCGCUGCUGAAAGGUUGCGCGGAGGAAUCAAGGACUUUAGUUGGACAACGGCUGAAGCUGAUAUGUGCUGACUGCCUUGGAGCGAUUGGUGCUAUUGAUCCUGCCAAAAUCAAGGGAUUUUCUAGCAUGCGAUUUAAGAUUGCAUGUUCUGAUGAUGAUUUAAUUUUUGAAUUGAUUCAUAAACAUCUAGCCAGGGCUUUUCGAGCCGCACCCGACACCAUCAUUCAAGAUUCAGCUGCACUGGCUAUCCAGGAGCUGCUAAAAAUUGCAGGAUGCGAGGCAUCGCUUGAUGAGAAUGUUCUAGAACAGACUAAAGACAAACAACAUAUUGAGGUGGGCAAAUCAUUUCCCAGGGACGUGGAUGACCGAACUAAAAUGCUUGGUAGGGGACAGAGGUUGUGGGACCGGUUCUCCAAUUAUGUUAAAGAGAUAAUAGCCCCCUGCUUAACCUCAAGAUUCCAACUCCCCAAUGUGUCAGAUUCAGCUGCUUGUGGUCCUAUAUAUCGCCCUUCAAUGUCAUUCAGGAGAUGGAUAUAUUUUUGGAUUAAAAAAUUAACUGCGCAUGCCACAGGCUCUCGUUCUAAAAUUUUUAAUGCUUGUCGAGGUAUAGUUCGUCAUGAUAUGCAAGUAGCAAUGUAUCUGCUACCCUACUUAGUCUUAAAUGCCGUUUGUGAUGGCACCGAGGAGGCGCGCAGUGGCAUAACAGAGGAAAUUUUGUCAGUUCUUGAUGCAGCUGCCUCAGAUUGCAGCACUACUGCUGUUCAUGGUAAUAAUUCUGGGCAAGGAGAGGUGUGCAUUCAAGCUGUAUUCUCUCUUCUUGAUAAUCUAGGCCAAUGGGUGGAUGAUGUUGAGCAGGAACUUGCUGUUUCCCAGCCUCUUCAAUCGUCCAACUCUAAGCAACAGGCUGUGAAGUUGAAGGACCAGAGUAUGACUCCCCAAAAGGAUUCAAACCAACUGCUUAUUCAGUGCAAACAUGUGUCAGAACUCCUAGGUGCAAUUCCUAAGGUUACCCUUGCCAAGGCCUCAUUCAGGUGCCAGGCUUAUGCCAGGUCUUUAUUAUACUUUGAGUCUUAUGUGAGGGAUAAAUCGGGAGCCUUCAACCCUGCUUCUGAGAGGAAUGGUGUAUUUGAAGAUGAAGACAUAUCUUUUCUAAUGGAAGUAUAUAGUGGACUAGAUGAGCCAGAUGGCUUAUCUGGUUUGGCAUCUCUACGUAAAUCAAAAAGCUUACAAGACCAUCUGCUGAUUAAUAAAAAGGCAGGAAACUGGGCUGAAGUUUUGACUUCUUGUGAGCAGGCACUGCAGAUGCAACCAUUUUCUGUCCAGAGGCACUCUGAUGUCCUUAACUGCUUGCUGAACAUGUGUCAUUUGCAGGCAAUGGUCACUCAUGUAGAUGGGUUAAUUUCUAGGAUUCCUCAAUAUAGGAAAACAUGGUGCACCCAAGGGGUUCAGGCUGCCUGGAGGCUUGGUAGGUGGGACUUGAUGAGUGAGUACCUGACUGGGGCUAAUGAAGAAGGUGUACUUUAUAGUAGCUCUGAGAGUAAUGCUUUCUUUGACAAGGAUGUUGCACAGAUUCUUCAGGCAAUGAUGAAAAAGGAUCAAUUUUUAGUUGCAGAGAGAAUUGCAUUGUCUAAACAAGCUCUAAUUGCUCCUCUUGCUGCUGCUGGGAUGGAUUCUUAUGCACGAGCAUACCCAUUUGUUGUCAAGCUUCACUUGCUUCGGGAGCUUGAGGAUUUCAAUUCUCUUCUUAAUGGUGAAUCUUUCUUGGGCAGGAGAUUCCAACUGGGCGAACCAGGAUUUUUACGGGCAUUAGAAAACUGGGAAAUCCGGCUCAAACUUGCAAGUGGUCUUAGUGCUCAAGUUGGGAAUUGCUGGAGACAGUAUGCUAAACUUUGUCGUUCAUCUGGUCACUAUGAAACUGCAAAUCGAGCAAUUUUGGAAGCCGAGGCCGUAGGGGCAUCUAAUGUUCACAUUGAGAAGGCUAAGCUUCUAUGGAGCACCAGGCGGGCUGAUGGUGCCAUUGCAGAGCUGCAACAAUCCCUUCUCAACAUGCCCGUGGAGGUGGUUGGCUCUGUGGCUAUAUCAUCGAUUACCAGCCUCUCUGUGGUUCCUGUGAAUCCUCCACCUUUGCUCUCUGAUACUCAGUCUAUGAAUGAGAAUUUAAAUGUAGCAAAAACCCUCCUCCUGUACUCGAGGUGGAUCCACUAUACUGGGCAGAAGCAGAAAGAAGAUGUGAUAAAUCUAUAUUCUAGGGUGAAGGAAUUGCAGCCCAAGUGGGAGAAAGGAUAUUUCUACAUGGCAAAAUACUGUGACGAAGUUCUAGUUGAUGCUCGAAAACGUCAGGAAGACAGUACUGAACAAUCUGUGAGAGUGAUUCCGUCUAAUUUGGCUCUUGUUGCAUCUACAAGUGUAAAUUCAGAGCGAAGGUGGUGGACUUACCUACCAGAUGUGCUGUUGUUUUAUGCAAAAGGGCUUCACAGGGGCCACAAGAAUCUCUUCCAGGCCCUACCAAGGUUGUUAACAUUGUGGUUUGACUUUGGGAGUUUCUAUUACAGAAGUAACCUACAAUCCAGUAAAGAUAUGAAGAAUGUUCAUGGGAAGGUGCUGAGCAUCAUGAGAGGGUGUCUGAAAGACUUGCCGACCUAUCAAUGGUUGACUGUCUUGCCUCAACUUGUUUCGAGGAUUUGCCACCAAAAUGAAGAAACUGUACGCUUGGUGAAGCACAUCAUUACUUCUGUUCUACGGCAAUAUCCACAGCAAGCCCUCUGGACCAUGGCAGCUGUUACAAAAUCUACAGUUUCUUCAAGAAGAGAUGCUGCCGCAGAGAUUAUACAAGCUGCAAGAAGAGGAUCCAGUCAUGGAGGUUCUAACUCAAUGUUUGUGCAAUUUGCUUCCCUAGUUGAUCAUCUAAUCAGGUUGUGCUUCCAUCCCGGUCAAUCAAAGGCAAGGACGAUCAAUAUCUUAACCGAGUUUAGUGCCCUGAAAAGGAUGAUGCCUGUGGAUAUUAUAAUGCCAACCCAAGAAUCUCUUACUGUUAAUCUACCUUCAUAUGAUGUGAAUCUAACUGAUUCUGGUACAUCUGAUAUCUUUUCAUAUUCAGAUCUGCCAACAAUAACUGGAAUAGCAGAUGAAGCUGAGAUUCUUUCAUCACUUCAACGACCAAAGAAAAUCAUUCUCAUGGGUAGCGAUGGAUCUGAACGUCCAUUUCUUUGCAAACCAAAGGAUGACCUAAGAAAAGAUGCACGAAUGAUGGAAUUCAAUGCAAUGAUAAAUCGUUUACUGUCCAAAUGUGCUGAAAGUCGUCGCCGGAAGCUUUAUAUUCGUACAUUUGCGGUGAUUCCAUUAACAGAAGAUUGUGGUAUGGUUGAGUGGGUGCCGCAUACUCGUGGACUCCGACAGAUUCUGCAGGAUGUCUAUAUUAGCUGUGGAAAAUUUGACAGACAGAAAACAAAUCCGCAAAUUAAGCGUAUAUAUGACCAAUCACAAGGUAAAAUGCCUGAAGAUGAAAUGCUGAAGACCAAAAUUCUGCCGAUGUUCCCUCCAGCUUUCCACAAAUGGUUUCUGAAUACGUUUUCAGAACCAGCAAUGUGGUUUAGGGCUCGCAUUGCAUAUGCGCAUACUACUGCAGUUUGGUCUAUGGUUGGGCACAUUGUUGGCCUUGGGGAUCGGCAUGGUGAAAACAUUCUUUUUGAUUCUACCACGGGAGAUUGUGUCCAUGUUGAUUUUAGUUGCUUGUUUGACAAAGGUCUACAGUUGGAGAAGCCAGAGUUGGUGCCUUUCAGGCUGACACAGAACAUGAUUGAUGGGCUAGGCAUCACUGGAUAUGAGGGAACCUACCUGAGGGUUUGUGAGAUCAUACUUUCAAUUCUAAGGGCGCACAAGGAGACACUCGUGAGCGUCUUGGAGACUUUUAUUCAUGAUCCUCUUGUGGAAUGGACUAAAUCUCACAAGUCUAGUGGAGUAGAAGUACAAAAUCCACAUGCACAGCGAGCCAUCAGUAACAUAGAAGCACGUCUGCAAGGAGUUGUCGUUGGUGUAGGAGCGGCACCAUCUUUGCCUCUUGCUGUAGAAGGACAAGCUCGCCGUCUAAUAGCAGAAGCAGUUUCGCUGAAAAACCUUGGAAAGAUGUAUAUAUGGUGGAUGCCCUGGUUUUAAAGUUGCCUGGAAAUAGUUAUUGAGAAAGCGGAUGCUGGCUUUUGUGUGAAAGGGCAUUUGAAAAGAUAACUUGUUUGCUGAAAUGGCUUUGUUAAGUUCUGUGUGCGCGUAUAAGGAACUGGUGAAUUGCUUUCUGACUUCAUGCUGCCCCAAAACUGUAUGUAAGUUUUAUGUUGACGGAGCAGUGAUUCUGGGUAAAUUGAACAUCAAAUUGAUCAGGAGGUGGAAUAAAUGAACAUAUGUGGUGCAACAUCGCUGAAGGUACAUUGAAUCAUGAAGUAUCCGGAGGAUUCUGGUUGGCGUCCUUGUGAAGUAGCCAAUCCUUGAAAACU